UGUUUUCACCCUACUUUUCUAGCUAAUUUGUUUUUUAGCAAGCCUUUUUAAUUUUUUUAUUAACCCUUAGUAGAGUCCAACUUAAACUCAGUUAGGUAGACACAUCAAAAGGUAGAAAUCAUUACCAAGCUUAUAAAAUCACAAUUACCAAGAUUUUCAAUCACAUUAGUAUACUUUUUGUCAAGGCUAAACAAAGCAACUCGAGAGCAACCCAAAGUCCUAUCAACACAUAGGCUUUAGAACUCGUAUAUUAGUGAAAAUCCAAAAAAAAAAAAAAAACAAAAAUAGAGAAAUACUAAUAUACUAAUAAUGGCAAAUGGACUAAAAUAGGCAAUUGAAAAUAAAAAUAGACCUGCCAAAUUUCCUCCUUAUCCACUCCAAUGAGCCCGGGCCGUAUUCUAUUCUUUUUCUAUUCAAAUAAACCAAAUAAAAACCAGAGUCUUCAAGUCUUCUUCAUUCUUCAAUGCCCUUUCUCUCUCCUACCAAAUUCUCUCUCUCUUCCUUCUUCUCCAAAAAUUUCUGCAGAUUAUACUUUUUGUCUUAACUCCAGAACUUUCUCACUCUUCCACUUUCUCUCUCCUCUGAAAAUUGAUCAUUUCCUCCAAGUUUCUCCGAUUCUUCAUUAAUGGCGGACUUCAUAAUUCUUUGAUUCUUGGAAGUAAUUGCUUCUGUGUGAAAUUGGUGAAUAAUGGAGUUGAUUGAAGGAGUCGGAGAGAGUUCGUCACCUCCUCGGAGUUUCGGCGGUGGUGGUGGAAUAAUCGGAGGUGUAUUGUUUGAUAUUCGAAACGAUGUGUAUAAUCGGUUGAUUGAAAAUGGAAAUGAUGAAGCUGUUUCUAAUCCUGAUUUUCGUGAGAUCUUGGAUGCUCAUUUCAAUCAAUUGCCUCCUAGUUAUGGUUUGGAUAUAAAUAUAGAUAGAGCAGAAGACGUAUUGUUACAUCGAAAGCUUCUUGCAUUGGCCAAGGACCCUGAAAAGAGACCUGUAUUCCAUGUUCGUGCUUUGGAGAACUUUAAACCAGAGGGUGGUGAAGAGCAUCAGGCUGAGGGCUGUUUAUCUGUUUCAAUGCUGCCUUCCGAUGCCAAUCAUGGAGAACCUUUGCAGAACAAGGAAGAAGGAAAGGCUUUUGAACCUUGUUCCAAGCUGGAAGAUCUUAAUUUGGAGGUUAGACAGAACUCUAGAUUGAUGGAAAAGAGGCCGGAGAUUUCUCAUGCUCCAGUUCAUGAAGUAAUAUGCUCAACACCAGAUAAACCCAAGCUUCUUAGUCAGCUAUCUGCAUUGCUUUCUGACAUAGGGCUUAACAUUCGCGAAGCACAUGUAUUCUCAACCACUGAUGGCUACUCCUUGGAUGUAUUUGUAGUGGAUGGAUGGCCUUUGGAGGAUGCUGAUAGCUUGCGCAAAGCUAUGGAAGAAGCAAUAGAUAAGAGUGAGGGUUCGUGGUCUGGCUCAUCGCAUUCAAAAUUUUCGGUGAAGAAAGCACUAGCUGCACAUGGAGAACCUGGAAAUUGGGAAAUAGAUAGAAGGUUGUUGAAGAUUGGGGACAAAGUUGCAUCUGGAUCGUGCGGGGAUCUGUAUCGAGGUGUGUACCUUGGUCAGGAUGUGGCUGUCAAGAUUCUCAGAUCUGAGCAUCUAACUGAAGCAUCAGAGGAAGAGUUUGCUCAAGAAGUUGCAAUUUUAAGGGAGGUGCAACAUGAUAAUGUUGUUCGGUUUAUUGGUGCGUGUACAAAGUCUCCUGAUUUAUGCAUUGUAACAGAGUACAUGCCUGGUGGAAGUCUGUAUAACUACCUGCACAAAAAUAGAAGAGCUUUGAAGCUUUCCGAGCUGUUAAAAUUUGCGAUUGAUGUCUCCAAAGGGAUGGAAUACUUGCAUCACAAUGAUAUAAUUCAUAGAGAUCUGAAAUCAGCAAAUUUGCUUAUGGAUACUUUUCAAGUCGUCAAAGUGGCAGACUUUGGUGUUGCUCGCUUUCUGCAUCAGGAAGGUGUUAUGACAGCAGAAACAGGAACAUACAGAUGGAUGGCACCUGAGGUGAUAAACCAUCAGCCCUAUGACCAGAAUGCUGAUAUAUUUAGUUUUGCUAUUGUACUAUGGGAGCUUUUGACAGCCAAGAUUCCAUAUGAGAAUAUGACUCCACUGCAAGCUGCAUUAGGUGUUAGAAAGGGACUUCGUCCAGAGAUUCCAAAGGACAUACACCCUAGACUUGGCGAUUUAAUGCAGAGAUGUUGGGAUGAGGCUCCUCUUAAACGGCCACCCUUUUCCAUUAUAAGAGCAGAGCUUGAAGAUAUCUUAAAGAAUGUUCAGGAAACUGCUGCAACAACAGUAGCUGGUAACUCUACUUCGUGAAAUAUAUUGUGAAUUAUAGAGAUGGCUGAAUUGGUAAACAACACAAGAGAAUUUUUUUUCUUUUAUUACUUUUGUGUUGGUUUUUGGGAUGGUUUGGGGAUUGAGAAACAACAUAUUGACUAUGCUAGAAACAUAUACUUAAUGUACAAUCACAAAGAGUGAUAGUGAUAGUAGAUAAUACUUUACGAGUUUCAUUGUAAAAACUAGAGUAGUCCCACGAUUGUAAUACAAAUCUUCUCAAAGAAUACGUAUUCUACGUGUCUUGUUGAAAACUAUGUAUUCUACUUAUCUCAGCAUUUCAGCAAGCCUGUGGCUGAAUCAGAUUUGCGAACGAUAGCAUUCUUUA